ACCCCCCGACCGCCCUCGAUUGAUCCCACCCCUUUUUUUUUUGUUUCAGGAACAUCAAUUGAUAUCCCAUCGUCAAUAUGAGACCUACACAGAGACUGCUCUCCGGCGCCGAGGAGAUUGGCAAGCACAACAAGUACCUUGGCCACGGCUGGGGCUCAUUCGGCACCCCGGUGCAGAAGCAGAAGGGCAUCGUCACCUACGGCCUGGCUCCCAACCGACAAAACCCCUUCGCUGGCGCCGCCCACGCUGCCGUCUUCAACACGUGGCGACGCUUCAGCUCACAGGUCCUCUACGUCGUGCCUCCUUUUAUCGCCGCUUACUUCGUCAUGGGCUGGGCUAUCGAGAGGAACCACUAUCUCAACUCCAAGGCUGGUAUAGCCGAGUUCGCCGCCGACGAGGAGUAGGCGUUGCAUCAGGUGAUGGGAUGAGGAAAGGAGGAAGAGAGAAAAGACGGGCUCGCUCGUGGGAGCAGAUGGAGGCGACAAGCCACAGCACGGGUAAUUGUCGCAGCCGGAUGCAUGCUGCCUUGUACAUCAAUGACAACGAGAUAGGUACGAUGAAAGAAAUAGACUAGAGAUCUUUGGCC